GGCUUAUCCAAUGAAAAAGAAUGUUGCUGACUUCCUCGCAGUUGUCGGUGUGUGUGGUUGUGAGUGCGUGCAAUCCAAUCAACAAAAUGCUUCGUCGAGAGACGAGACUGAGACGGGGGUACCUGUAUAGGAAGUCCCAAGAGGACAGGGUGCGGACGAUUGAGGAGAAGAAACAGAAGCUGAAAUCUGCUCUUGAUGGUGAGGACUACAAUCGUCUCAUCCCUACUGAGGUUUGCAGAGAAGCUGUGCAGUUACAGAAAUUGCUGGAGUAUGAUGAUGAGGGAGCAGAAGGUGUCAGCUCUCACAUGGAUGAUGAGUAUAAAUGGGCUGGAGUGGAGGAUUCAAAGGUCAUGGUCACAACAUCAAGAGACCCCAGCUCUCGACUCAAGAUGUUUGUCAAGAAUGUGGUUAUGAGACAUGAUGUGCCGGACAUUGGAACCAUGUCUGAAGCCUACCCCAACCUCAUCUUUCACAACUUCUCCUCACGACUUGGCCAGAGGGUUUCCAAUAUCCUCAAGUAUUUGUUCCCAGUGCCUAAAGAGGACAGCAGACGGGUUAUCACAUUUGCCAACCAGGAGGAUUUUAUAUCUUUCAGACAUCACACUUACAAGAAAACGGACCACAGGAACGUUGAGUUGUCAGAAGUUGGGCCCAGAUUUGAAAUCAAAUUGUACAUGAUCAAGCUUGGUACGCUAGAAAAUGAGGCUACAGCGGACGUUGAAUGGCGCCACCACUCAUAUACACACACUGCCAAAAAGAGGAAGUUUCUCAGCAUGGAGUAACAUUAGCCACGUCUCAGUGUGCCCCUCUCAAUUGACAGGCCAUGGCCAUAGCAGCCUAACCACAUAGUCUAAUGUUGUGUUUUCAGUUUUACACACCAUACCUCAGAUUUGUAUUUCAUGGAAAUAUGGCAUCAGACAUUGAAUAAUUUCAUUGAAACAGACUCUACCAGAGAAGUUAUGUAUACUACGAUUUUCCUAACUCCAAAUUUGACUAUUUUCCAUGUAAUUAACAGAACUAAAGAAAAAAAAAUCUUCAUAACAAGGCUAUUGUUGGCUUUGCUAUAUGUCUGAUGUUUUAGUUAUUUACCUAUUUUCCAGGGGGCUACAAAAACACUCAAUACUUUUUUUUAAAUGGCUAAAAUGUACAUUUUUCCUUUAUCAACCUCACAAUAUUAUAGACGUAGAAUUUUGUACUACAUUUGCACUGUAUCUGAGGUAGUGACUCGCCCAGAGAUGAACAAUAUGUCAAAAUAAAAACAGUUCCUGGUUUUAA